AUGCCUUUCGCUUCUUCCUCCAGGAAAAGGCCACAAGCGAUCGACUCAUCCGAAGACGAAGAAGAUCCACGCCCGAAUUUAUCUGUCUCUCCGAACAAAAAAAGGAAACAAGUCAUACAAGACUUUCAAGGGAAAGGGGGAGAUUCAGAUUUGGAUGACCUGAAUUCAGACGCAGAUGGAGUGCUGGUCGGUGAUGAAGCUGAUGACAUCGCGGUUGAUGGGGAUGGGAACGAAGUCGAAGGUGAAGUAGUAAGAGGUCAAGUAUCUUUCAGACCUGAAUAUGAGCGGGGCGAUGAUGGAUAUGUCACUGGAUCCGUAACAGGGAUGAAAAUGACUAAUUUCAUGACUUAUGAUCAUGUCGAAUUCCGACCUGGACCUCAUCUUAACAUGAUUUUAGGUCCAAACGGUACUGGUAAAAGUAGUAUAGCAGCUGCUAUAGCUAUUGGACUAGGCUUCCCACCUAAAGUCAUGGGUCGAGCAAACGAACUGAAAGCAUAUGUAAAACAAGGUGCAGAUGAAGCUCAAGUCGAGAUUGAACUUAAAGGAAAAAGAGGGAAAAGAAAUACCAAAAUCUGGAGAAAGUUCAAUAGAGAGGAUGAAAAGUCAGAGUGGAAGUUGAAUGGCUCAACUUGCACACGAAAAGAAGUGCUGGAAUGUGUUCAAAGGUUUGGUAUACAAGCCAAUAACUUAUGCUCUUUCUUGCCACAAGACAAAGUAGCGGAAUUCGCCAAGAUGGCACCUGAGGUAGUGCUGAAAGAAACAAUGAGAGCUGCAGGAGAUCCUAGGCUGACACAAUGGCAUGAAACGUUGGUUGAAAAAGGUGUGAACUCAAAGGAUCUGUCAAUCACUCUGGAGGGUCACGUCAACCAAAGAGACCGAUUACAAAUCCAAGUGGAUGGCCUUGCGCCCGAUGUCGAACAUGUACAAGAACGGGAGGCAAGGGAAAAAGAGGCCGAAAUAAUGCAACACAUCGUCUCCGUCGUUCAACAUAAUCGCAUAAGAGAAGAAGUCACAGCCGCUCUCAAAGAGAGAGAUCAAUGGAAAGCCAAAGUCACGAAAUUAUCCAACAGAAGACAACCUCUCAAAGAAUUGAAAGAGCAUUGGGAUAAAAAAGCAUACAAAGCUGAAAUACGACUUCAAACCGUCGAAGGAAAAUACAAGGAUGGUAUGAAAGAGCUUAGGAAUAAGAUGAAUUCUGCUAGAGAUGUGGCGGAUCGAAGUGCCCAAGUCAACGAUAAACUUGAUAUGUUAAGAAUGGUGUUUCAGCGUAGAGAAGACGAUAAGCGUUCUACUUUGGAAAAAAUUCAGAAGUGUCAAGAGAUUUUGGAGGAACCUCGAGAGGAAGUCGACUCGGAAAUGAAAGUCAAAGGAAGGGAGAAGGCGGCCCUACAGACGAAAUACCGGGAAAAGGGACAUCAACUCGAAGAAGUCAAGGAUGAAUACGAGGACAAUAAGAAGAUGUUUAAUGAGUUGAAUCAUGAACUUGACGAACUGACGAGAAGACAAACGAUGCUUGAAAACAUUGAAAUCCAAAAAGAGAAUGCUGCCCGAGAUCUGGAGCCCUCAAUUGGGUUCCUUCUCGACUGGCUGAAAGUUAACGGUCAUACUCUUGAGAGCGAAGUGCACAAACCACCUAUGAUAUCAGUCAGUGUUCCCAAUAGGACCUAUGCGUGGCAAGUAGAGCAAAACACAAGCAGGCAACAUAGAUCUACUUUCAUCUGUACAUCUCAAGCCGAUUUCGAUCGCUUACUUGAGCUAAAUGGUACCCAAUAUCCUCCUCGGAUAAGAUCCGAUGGAAGGAGAGUAGAUGGAGGCAAAGUAUCUCUGUUCUUGGCAUAUCAGGAAGUUUCAGACGCAACAGUCAAUCCUCGUCGUCCUUGUGAUGCUGAGACGCUGAGAGAUCUCGGUAUGGAUGGUUAUGCGAUUGAUUUCGUGGAAGCUGCCCCCGCAGUUAUCGCCUACUUGUGUGCCAAAGCACGAUUACACUUGACCGCUCUUACGCAGAAAACUUCCAUGGAGAUUGACAGUAAACGCCUCACAAGUCUUGGUAUCGCCUCCUGGGCUACGAAAGAUGCCAAUACCAACGCUAUCCAGAGUUCUUACGGAAGAAGGGAGUUCGUUGAAAGGACGAAUCCUCCACAACCAGCCAAAGCCUUCAACCUGGCUGUCGAUCGAGAUGCCGUGAAAAGAAUAGUAGAUGAAAUCGCAAAGAAGAAGAAAACGAAAAUGGAUCGCGAAGCUCCUCAUUCUGCUCUCAAAGACAAGAUGGACGAGAUAGAAAACGAACGAGAGGGAAUCCGACGAGCAGGGGGAGAAGUCGAAAAACGAAUAAAAGACUUACAGGAAAAGCUCAGGAGAUAUCAAAAGGCCGCUACAGACAUCGAGUCCUUCAGAGAAAGACUUCGAAAAAUUGAAGCACAACCUUCUCAAGAAGAGGAGCGUUCAAAGCUAAAGGCCGAGAAACUGAAGUAUGCCAAAGCGAGAUUGCGACCCCUUGAUUCAUGCCUUACCUCCUGCGACGAUAUUAUCAGUCAUUGCUCAGACCUCAUGACAGCCAAUUGUGCUUUUUUGCAAGGAUCUGUUAAUAAGCAAGCUAUCUCCGAAAGACUGAAUCAAGGCAAUGAGGUUCUGAACGAAGCUCACAGGGAAUACACAGCUGCUGCUGGACGUCACACGGAUGCCAAGGCUCGAUCAGCGAACAAAUGGACCCAAAUGACAGCUGCAAUUUCCAGUGCACCUCAGGAAAUCAAAGAAGAAGUGAGGAACAGGGCUCGUGUAGUCGAGGACUUGCCUUCGCUCGAGGAAGCUCAAAACUCUCUUCAAACUUUAAGAGCUCAAUUGGAAUUAGCGGUCAACAUACCUGGUAACGUCGUCGGAAGAUACAAUGACCUCAAGGAUAGACUUGAACUAGCGCAAGGUGUUGUUGACAAAGAGGAAAGUGAAUUGAACGGUCUCAAGAGGGACAUCAAAAAGACUUUAGACAUGUUCGAUCCUGCCCUCGAGACUCUCGUGCAAGCUGUUAGCGCAAAGUUCUCAGCCGCUUUUGCUCGUGUCAAAUGCACGGGUGAAGUAAGGAUAAGAAGAGUAGAAGGUGAUUUUGCAGCAUGGGGAAUUGAGAUCCUAGUGUCCUACAGAGAUGAAGAUAACUUGGCUAUCCUGACUGGCUCACAUCAGUCUGGAGGCGAACGCUCCCUGGCUACCGUCACUUAUCUCAUGUCUCUUUCUGAGAUGUCAAGAACCCCAUUCUCAUUAGUGGAUGAGAUCAAUCAGGGUAUGGAUCAACGAGCUGAGAGAGCAGUUCAUAAUCAAUUGGUCGAAGUGACGUGUGAUGCAGAUGCAGGACAGUACUUCCUGAUCACACCUAAAUUACUGACCGGAUUGACGUACCAUCCUAAAAUGAAGGUGUUGAUAAUCAAUAAUGGAACAUGGUUGCCUGAUUCAAGACAAGCUACUAAGAGAUAUGGGGAUCUCUCAGCGUGUUUGAAGACAUAUUCAAAGAAUCAUUCCAUACCUGCAAAUUAG